GAGAAGAGGCUGGAACUUCCUGUAGGGAUAACAGCUUCCCCAGGUCUUCUCCAGUAGUGUAGUGGCAAAUUCAGAAGGACAGGGUUCCUUCAUGAUAGUCGUGCCACGCCCCUUCCAAGAUGAUGCCAUAAAACAUUCAGUCUCUGGCUUUGUUUGGAGUUCUGCUGAGUGAUGAAUACAGGACAAGGGUGUGUCUGUUUGAGGUUCAGCAAGAAGAAUACAGUGAUAGCUUCCAUAAGACUUUUCUCAGUGGCUAGCACACUCUCUUUUCAUGCCGAUUGGUCCGUAGGACGCUGCAGACAUAGGGACCCUGCUGGGACCUGUCUCCCAAAAAGUAAGGGGUCUGCAACCCCCACAACCUUAGAUGACUACACCCUGGUCUCCACUAAAACCCUGAAACAGGCUUGGGGCUCUGAAGGAACUUAGGCUACUGGAAGUUGCUAGAUCUCCCUUUAAGAAAAAGUUACCUGUAACAGGUGUCAGUGUGUUUACUGCUAAUGUAAGUCUGCCUUUCCUCAUCCUCUCUUCCAGUGGUUGCCUGGAUAAGAAGAAAAACGACAUGAGUUCAGAGGCCAAAGAUGAACUGAAUGAGACACCAGAGAAGCGUGAGUCAACUGUGAAAGAGCUGCAAGAACUGGUCCAGGAGAAAGCCAAAGGAGGAGAGGACAUCUGCAAGGCAGUGGCCGAGAAAAUGAAAGGAGAGGACAAUGCUUUCUUCCUGCGCUUCAUCCGGGCCCGCAAAUUUGAUGUUAACAGGGCUUAUGAUCUGAUGAAAGGCUAUGUCAACUUCCGUCAGCAGUAUCCAGGGCUUUUUGAACACCUGACUCCCGAAGCACUGCGCAGUACCAUCGAGGCCGGCUACCCUGGCAUCUUGUCCAACAGGGACAAGUAUGGGCGGGUGGUGCUGCUGUUCAACAUCGAGAACUGGGAUUAUGAGGAGAUCACCUUUGAUGAGAUUCUUUCGGCCUACUGCGUGAUUUUAGAGAAGCUGCUGGAGAACGAGGAGACGCAAAUCAACGGCUUCUGUAUCAUUGAAAACUUCAAGGGCUUCACCGUGCAGCAGGCCUCCGGCAUCAAACUGUCCGAACUGAAGAAGAUGGUGGACAUGCUACAGGAUUCUUUCCCAGCUCGGUUCAAGGCUGUCCACUUCAUCCAUCAGCCUUGGUACUUCACCACAACCUACAAUGUGGUCAAACCUUUCCUGAAGAACAAACUGCUGGAAAGGGUAUUUGUGCACGGUGACGAUCUCAGUGCCUUCUACCAUGAGAUUGAUGCCGAUAUACUGCCAGCAGAGUUUGGGGGAAAUCUACCCAAAUAUGAUGGCAAAGUCACCGCCGAGCAGCUUUUUGGGGCCCAGCUUGAUGCUGAAGACACAGCUUUCUAAAAAGUAGCAUCCCUGUGUAGAAGAUAGGGCCAGAGGUGGCUGUCAACAUGUUAAACGUAGCAUUGGUUGAUACAGCGAUCAUGAUAAUAAACUCUGGGUGUGGAUUGCUUUGCCCUUCUUUCUCAGUUUUCCAGUCACUAGCCAGGCAAUGGCAGAAAAGCCUAUCACUCCUCCUUUCAGGAAGAAUCCUAUCCUUUUUACACCCCACCAAAAAAAAAGAAAGAAAAGCAAGCCAGAGAGAGAGAUUUCUGUGGUGGAGCCAGUGUAGAUUGAGGCAGUAGUGCUCACUUUUUUCCAUCUUGAACCCAAGCACCCAGGUAGUGGAGCAGUCGAGAUGGACCUUCAUAGAUUUACUGGUUUGCCUUAUAAUGGUAGGGUGGGGAGUUAAGUGUGCAUCCACAUGGAGUUAUGUAUUUCAGGGCCCUUGGUGUGGCUGGUUUGAGGGCAGGAGGCUAAGAAAGAGAGGAACAGACAAAUCUGUUGCAAAGGCAGUGCUGUGUUGGAAAUGGUACAGUCAGAAUCCAUCAUCACAGAAGCGCUCAAACCAAGGAUUGUUUUCAGUACAAAUUGAGAAAUAAAGAAAAAUAAUCCAACAACAAGGAUGUUUGGCUUCUGCAUUAGUGGUAAUUAGCGAUGUAAGAAUUCUGGCAAAAGCAGAAAUGGGAGCAAUUAUUGCCAAUGUUCGCUUAUUCAUCCAGUGGGCUGCUUUCAAUCUGCAAAUGGUACGGCAUUAUGUUUCCCCCCCAUUUGCAUUGAGUUUCUUUUGCAUUGAGAUGAAAGGGGUGGAAUAAUGUAAUACCAUAGCUUACACAAUUAAUUACAUAAUUUUUCCACAGUGGACAGUGAGAUUAAUAAUGUAGCUUGGAGUGGAAGACGAACUGUAGCAGAACAGAAAUAGUGCUGCAUGUGACCAAUACAGAGUAAAAUGGAAAAUGAUGCCUUCUUACAUCCCUAGUGGUAACUAAAAGCCGUAUUAAUCAUGGUUGUGUAUAAACUCUGUACUUUAGAGAUACCAACAUUC